CUGAACUGCUGUGAAAGUCCACAGUUUCACAUCCCUGGGAGUGGUUCCCAGUGGUUCCCAUGAUGUGUGGUGACGGUCAGGAACCAACUCAGUGUAUCCGAGAGAAGAGAAGAGGAGGUGACUUCAGUCCCGCCAGCGUCAGGCCGCCACACAUCUGUCCAGCUGUCGACAUGCUGCUGCUGCUGCUGCUGCUCUCAUCGGGGGACGUCCGGGCCCAGCGGGUGUCGGGCCAGAGGAAGGACGGCUCGUGUGUCUGCCAGGUGGACCCAGACCUGUGGCUGUUCCCCGCUGGGAGCUACAGCGCCGCGCUGCGCCAGGUCCAGUCCUGUGAGGCAUCUGUGAGCAGCCUGCAGGAGAAGGUGGAGUUGUCCAGCAGACGUCUCCCUCAGGUCCAGGUUCUGAUCAAGAACGUGACGGAGCGGCUGAAGCCUCACCAGUACCUGCACAACCGGGGCCUUUACACCGACUUGCCUCUGCGCCUGCUGGGCCAGCAGCUCAGCCAGCUGGAGACAGACAUCGGUGCCAUCCACAGCCAGUUCAACAACGCCCAAACAACCAAAGUCUCCAACGAGAUGGAUAAACUGCGUACAUAUGUAGACAGGAUGAAGAUGUGGAACACGAUUAACAUGAAGACUCUCAAAGAGAAGCUUCGCUACGUGAAGAACAGCGCUGAGUCCUGCAAGUCCAUCCCCAAAGACUUUAGAGGCCAGGACAGGUACUGCCUCAAGGGCCUGAUCUCCAACAUUAGCGAUCCUGUCAUGACUAAGGUCAGUCCCUACGGUAAGACCUGCACCUCCGGUUCGUGGGGCAAACAGGCCCAGAUGGACAGCAAGGGCCAGGGGAACAGCUACUGGGUUCAGCCUCUACUCAACAGCCACAUCUGGGGCAACACCCUGCGCCUGUACCAAACCUACGAAGACUUCAUGGCCUCCACCAACCACAAGGACUUCACCGUAGCUCCAUCCUACACUCACGCCAACGCCAUUGAGGGUCCCAGUGGCGUCCUACACGGAGAAGCGCUGUACUAUCACUGCUCCCGCUCUGCAGAUGUCUGCCGCUACGACUUGAACAGCAACAGCGUCCACCGGGUGACCCUCCCCGGCAUCGGCGUGGGUUUCACGAACAAGUUCCCAUAUUGUUACUAUGACUGCCGUGCCAAUAGCGAUGUGGACGUAGAGGCAGACGAGUCGGGACUGUGGGCCCUGUAUGCCACUGUCGGUAACCACGGUAAUCUAGUAGUGAGCCGGCUGGUUUGGGACGGUGAGGCCGAGACGCUCAAUGUCACACAGACGUGGGAGACGAGGCUGUUCAAGAAGGCGGUGAGCAACGCGUUCAUGGUGUGCGGUGUGCUGUAUGCCACUCGGUAUGUGGACGAAUUCCAGGAAGAGGUGUUCUACGCCUUCGACACAGCAACGGGCAAAGAGGACAACUCUUUAGCACUGCCGCUGGAGAAGGUGGCUAAAGGAGUGGCCAGCCUGAGCUAUAACCCCACCAACAGGCAGAUCUACAUGUACAACGACGGUUACCUACUGGCCUACCAGGCCCACUUCCAAUCGUAAACGACCACCGAGACACUCUGUGAUUGGGUGGCUCGGACCACCUGCAGAGUCGGCCUGGGACACACGUCACCUGUUGUCCUCAUCUGAUCGGAUCACUAGACAUUCUUAAAUACCAGAUGUAAUCAGGGCCGAAAUCAUAUCGGGUACUUCAUAUUGUUAGAAUUUGUAGGGCACUGUUGGAACAAAUGUUUGUAAUGUAACACAACAUGUCAUAAAGCUGGAAAAUCAAUAAUAAAUAUUAUAAUAAUUCA